AUGUCACCAGUUGAAUUCGUGGAAGUUCUGGACAAGUUGCAGAAGGCGGUUGCGGGUUCUGCUUCUGCGGCGGCUUUGACAGAUGAGUUGUUGGAUGAGAAGGCGGUUGGCUUGCUGUCUACGGAACUGAGCUCGCCAGAAAAACUCAAAAAGCUGGUGUGCAGACUCAUCGGAGUUCCGGCAUUCUCGGAGCUUCUGUACCGAGUGCUAUCAUGCGCGGAAACGGAUGUAUAUGCCGCGCUAUUUCACUAUGUGACUGAUUCCACACCGGACUUGGUUGGGUUCUCCUAUGCGUUGAUGAAUUUUAAGAGACGUACUAGGUCCAAGCUGUCCUUCCCGUUGUUUCGAGGAGGUGAAAUAAACACCGAUAUUUGCGAGAGCGGGCCUAACAAAGUGAUUCUUGGCGUAUUUACCAGAUAUAUUUUGUCGCAAUGGCAUAAACGGCAGUCUCCUAGGGACAUUUUGGCGUUAAUGUAUGUUACAAACAAGCUUAUCGUGGCAGAUCCGUAUGCGUGGAACGAGCCAGCGCAUUACGGGAUUGUACAAACACGUGUGUUUGCUGCGCUCGAUGCAUUACUAAGAAAUCAUGAAGCGCCUGAAGUGGUUGGUGUUGAAGCAGCGAAGACAGAGAGCUCCGUGGAUGAGUCCAGAAAGGUUGUCGACUUGAUUGCAGCUUAUGAGGCGCUGAAAUUAGACGAUAGAAUGACGUCGAAGAGUACAACCCUCUUGGAAAAGGCUGUCGUCGGGGACCAAGUAGAUAUCGCGGCUCUUCUGCUCGAUCUUUAUGCUCAGUACGUAACGAUCCUUACUCCCGCGAUUCGGAGUAAAAGCGAGUUGGUUUUCAAGGUGGCAAGGUGCGAGUCGACGAUUGCUGUGUUUAGAGAACGGCCGCUUCUGACUACAAUUCUCAACCUUACAUUCAAGGCUUGCCUCGACAUCCCCCAGCUCGAGAUCAUGAACAAGCCUUUGGAGGAAGUACUCACGGCGGAUAUGGCCCUGAAUGCCUUGAAGCAAAUGAAAAUCUACCUUGCCGUGGUCGAUAAGCUACCGACUCCGGACGCGGGAAUUGAUCCUCUUGCCUUUUUUAUCUCGGAUAUACUGCAGCUAUGUCCCAAGGAGCUAGCAUAUGUCAUCGGGAGUGCUCUUAUUAUUCCGGUGACUGACUUACGGGUGAAGAAUGACUUACGGGUGAAGAAUGACUUACGGGUGAAGAAUGACUUACGGGUGAAGAAUGACUUACGGGUGAAGAAUGACUUACGGAUGAUGAACGAUAAGUCAAGCAAGACAAAUGAAGGGAUACCGGGCGCAGCGCAAAUCAUUAGCAAGAAUGACUGCCUUGCCAGCGUGCGCCAAUUUUUGAUCAGCUGUCUAAAUGCGUACUACCAAUCUCGCUCUCAAUAUCAUGGCCCAGAAUUGACAGCUAAGUAUCCAUUGACCCGCAUUAUAGUCUUACAGUUCCUGCGUGAAAGUCAAGUACCGAAGCUGUCCAACUACAGACCCUCUUCUGUGGAUGUCAUCACGUACUUCCGAGUGGUGGGAGACUUUGUGCUUCGUUUGCUCCGCACGAUUGACGACCAGGAAGAACUUCAUCUCGUUCGGAAGCAGCUCAAAAAAAGCGGCAAGCUUCGAUUCGACCUUUAUGCAGCGAAUGCGGGUACAUUUGAGGACGAGAUCGCAGGGUUUUUGAAGGAAGCCAAGAAGAGGGGGGUCAUGAAGAGGGAAGCCAUGAAGAGGGGUGCCAGCAAAGACUUGGCGGAAAGCUCUCCCAAAAAGAGCAGGCCGGCAGGCGACAUUCUGGACUCGGACAGGAAGUCGGACCCAGAAAACCCCGCCCUUCUGGGUAAUUCGUCCGUUCUGGUCCCAGGACCUUUAGAUGAGUGUAACUGCCAUACGCUGCGUGAAUGGUUGCGAGAACAACGAAAGGCCGCUCCGGAAGAUCUGCAAUUACAGAAGGAACUGGCAGCGGAGUUGGCGACUUACAACUUGGUUAAAAAGGCUUCGCGCUGUACGGAUUUUGUAGUGCAUGAUGAGAUCUUCAGGAUGCUCUGCUCACUAAUGAAAUCCCUCUUGACGACCAUGCUGAUGGACUGUGGCCUAAUGAUACAGCUGCUCAUAACCUCUCCGAAAGUGUAUGGAAAGACGGAGGCUGAGCGCAAGUACUCACUUAUAAGAAUUGUUGGUGCAUUGUGCAUCGACGAGGUUAUUGAGUUUGAUAUCUAUGGUCGGGAUAACAUGUUCAAGUACGUCUCCCGCAAGAAACGAGAGCUAGAAGAAAAGACACAAGACAAAACGAACGUGGAUGAGACCCAGCUUGCUGCAAAUGAUGGUGACGCAAAUGAUGAUGACGCGAAUGAUGAUGACGCGAAUGAUGAUGACGCGAAUGAUGAUGACGUCGUGGCGGAAGGUGAGAUGGCGGAGAUGGAUGACGGGCGGUCACGUAGGCCCACUAGUGUGAUGUGGAACGAGAAGAAUAUAAGUCAGAUUUGUGGGGAUUGGUUGCGGACCAUUCUGGAUGAGUAUGUGAAUUCCCCCGUUGUUCCGGAGGACGAUUUGCUGCCAAUGGUGUGUCUAGACAUCGUUGGAUGUUUGCUAAGGUUGUGUUAUAGUUCUACUCCAGUCAGUACUCAGCCGGGUAAAGUACUGGUGCAAGGACAGUCUGACUACGACACCGUGUUGGUCAGCACCUGCGGGCGGAUCUCCCAAGGCGAUGCUGAGUCCGUCCACGGGGGUACUGCCCAAGCCGGUGCGAAAGUGACGCCGGCGGCGCCGGUGAUGAAUGUGUACCCGUUGUUGUGUGAACCCAUGCGAUCGGUAAAGGGACGACGGAGGGUCUUACAAGCAUUGGGUCGAGUUUGCGUAAGUCAGUGUGGAGGUGUGCUCAGUGUCUUGGAGAACCCCGAAGCGAGGUGGCUUGCAUUGGAGAGCUUGUAUUUGUACGAAGAGCUCUUAAGUCUGGAAUUGAUGCGGGAAAAGGCGUUCUAUAUUGUCGACAAGACGCAUCGUGAGUUGCUUCUAGCCAAAUGCACCAAAGCCCACCAACUAAACCGGUUGCAGAGAGAACGCAUUCCCCUGCACCUCUCACCCUUUCCAGGCAGCUGCGAUAUCCAGAGCUCCCUCAACUUUAUUAAGGCAAACGCGGUGUCGGCUGGAGUUACAACCGGAACUAGCCAUGACGAGAAUACACCUUACAUCCUGCGUCUCUCCGCAGCCGUCGCCCGCGCCGCAGUAGACCAACCGGCCGCCGCGAGUAGGAAGUGUUACGGCGUCUACGCUAAGGACUACCUUGGAGAAGAAAUCGAAACAGAACUAUGGGCGCUCCCUCCGGAAGUUAUUAUUCAGUACGCUCGGUGGCAAACUAACCAGAGAACCCGGUGCCAGGCGGCCCUCGAGUCAAGCUAUCCACCGGUGGAGGAGGUCACGAACUGUCUCGAAGCUAUAGCAGCCAGUCUCUCAUCAUCCUAG